GCCAAUGGUGAGAGGUAGAGUCGCCAUCUUGCCGCGGAGGGACUGUGAGGGAAUCGCUGAGUCUGUUGAGCGGCUCUCGGGGGUGUUGGCUCUUGUGGCCCAGCCUCCUCUCACCCGUUCCCCUCCGGUCCCACGAUGCCACAGUACCAGACCUGGGAGGAAUUCAGCCGCGCGGCUGAGAAGCUCUACCUCGCCGAUCCCAUGAAGGCACGUGUGGUUCUCAAAUAUAGGCACUCAGAUGGGAAUCUGUGUAUCAAAGUAACAGAUGAUUUAGUUUGUCUGGUAUACAGGACAGACCAGGCUCAAGAUGUAAAAAAGAUUGAGAAAUUCCAUAGUCAGCUAAUGCGACUGAUGGUAGCUAAGGAAUCCCGAAGUGCUGCCAUGGAAACAGAUUGAAUGGUUUGAAGUGAAAGCUCUGGUGGUCACGUUUUUUCAGGAAGAAAAUAUCACUCGAAUUCAAGAAAAUGUUGGGACAGAAGAGGCUUUAUAUAACUCAGUGGGCCCUUAAAAGGCUUGGGAGCAUUUUUUUCCCGUGUAGCUUAAAAAAAUUCUAACUUCAGAUAGCUAUAAAUAUAUAUGCUUUCAGUUGAAAGCUUCUAUUUAUUUUUGAAAUUUAAAACAUGAUGAAAAGUUUUUACAGGUUAUUUGAUGUUGGGCAAAAUAUGUAAAUAUGACCUCUUGUAAAUUUGUAACACUAAUUUGAAAAGGAGAGAUCAGCCACCUUUAUUCUGUGAAAUGCAUCUGACCUUUAAAAAAAACCUAAAUAUUGUUUCUUUAGCUUGCCUUUCAAAUUUAACUUUGAAUUUAAGGUCAUUUUUUAUUGAAUAUAUUUCUCUACAGGUUUAAUUUUGUCUGACAAAACCUAUUUCUGACCAAUAAAUAUAAGAUAUACUAAUGGAAAUUAAUUUUGCGCCAUAAUGAAGGUAAUUAUUUGUAGAAAUGUUACAUAUCAUCUUUGAAGCCAUACCUAAAAUAUGGGUGUGCUUUCCAGAUAUAGACUGUUUAACCCUAAAAGAUUCCAUCAUUUCAUUAUCUGUGAUCAGAAACUUUUUUUCAUAAAUGAAUAUGAGUUACUAAUAUCCACCAAAGGACUGAAAUUGCUAUUACAGAAGCCUCUGUUAUACUUGGUCUCCUUAUAGAAUGUUUCUCAGAGGGCUAAGGAGUGAUUGAACUAUUAUUAUAUCUGUGUAUAACCUAUUUGUACCCAUUUUUCUGCUUUUGUUAACUUAUUAGAAGUAACGAAGGUGCUAAAAAUGUCAUAGCUGGUGUAAUUAUCUGUUGCAAUGGCUAAUGAACUACCAAGUAAAUCACUAAGAAUAGAUCAUUUUUAUAUUCGUAACCUCUAUUAUUACCACUGGUUCAGAAUCACACAGCCAAGUCUGUGUCAGAGGCAGGAUUUGAAACCAGUCUUCCUGACUCUCAGGCCAUCUCCCUACUUUAUAGACCACGUAAAGUCUCAGUGCCCUCUGAUAGUUCUCUGAGACUGUUAAAGAGUCGGUACUGAUAUGUGUAAAGGGAGCUCCCUAUGCCAUUAAAAUCAUAGGUGUAUUCCCCCCCCCCCAAAAAAAGCAAAAAGUCCCCAAACCCUCAAUUUUAAAAUAAUUGCCCAGCAUCAGAAUGAAGGUUCAAAGAUGUCACAUUAAGAUAUUUUUGUUAGACAUUUAAUUUGGAUAUUGUUUCAACAUUGUAAAUGCCAUUAGCCAUCUAAGUUUUGGCAUGUUUCAACGCAGUCUGCAAAAAUAAAAAAAUUAAGAAAAAAGCAACAUAAACAUCUUAAUGGUUCUGUUGAAGCUUUUUUUUUUAUAUUUUAGGAAUUACAGAUUUUUAAAAAUAAAAGAUGAUUUAGCCUAAUAAGUAAUGCCACUAGAAUAAGUCUGUGUUUUUAUAUCUUUGUCUUCAUCCCCUUCAAUAUUACAUGUGGUUUUUUUCCUCUAUCUUAUAGGCAAAAUUAUUUUCUUGCAUUAAAAUAACACAGAAUAAUGCUUUUUACUAUUAAACUAUCAAAUUCCCUCUUGAUGCUACUUAGGUCCUGACAUACCUAAGAAGUAAGGGGAGAUAAAAUUCUAUAACAGCAAAAUCAAUUAGGCUUGGCAACUACCUGACCAGAAAAUCCCCCUCAGUUCUCAGGAGUAUGACAAGUAUACAAGCUUUCCCCACUCCACCCCAAAAGGGAUCUUUCCAGUUUUCAACUGGGCACCCCAUCUAUCUUCUAUAAAAGCUUUUGCCUUCCCUCUGUUCAUGGAGGAGAAUGUUUGUAAGCUCUCCUGCCCAAGGGGUGAAGCCUUUGACUUCCCCCUUGGGCACUUUUCCUAGACAAAUAAAAGACCACUUUCAAUUCUAACUGGACUGUGUGAGAGUGUAGUUCUUUAUUGAGGAUUAAUGACCUAAGAACCACCACCUGUCCCCCAUGACAGGUCCCCUUCAGGUUUUUUUUGUAAACUCCAUUCUUACAACUUAGCAAAUGUUACAUUUAAAGGAUUUAGUGUGUUAAUCUAUACUUCUUUUUUCCCUGAAAGUAGGUAUAGUACAUAAUGAACUCUAAUUUCACCAAUCAGUCUUGGGUUAACAGGAUUAGAACUAAGUUUCUGUUUGUUACUUUAGAAACAGCUUUCCUUCAUUGUAGUUGUGCAAUACUGGAAUAAAAGCAAAUAUUAGUUCACAGCCAUCAAAUUAUAAUUUAGAGAAACCAUAUACUCUGUGAAAAUAUUUUUAAUCUAGCCUAAGCUAAUUUAAAUAUCACAGUGCUGGCAAACCUGGUCUCCAUUCCCAGGCCAGUGAAUUGCCUGGGGCUGACCAGUCUUUGUCACUUCCAAGACUCUGCUUUAAAAGAUUCUUUUGGGGCUGCUAGGUGGCGCAGUGGAUAAAGCACUGGCCCUGGAUUCAGGAGUUCCUGAGUUCAAAUCCAGCCUCAGACACUUGACACUUACUAGCUGUGUGACCUUAGGCAAGUCACUUAACCCCCAUUGCCCCCAAAAACAAAACAAAAAAAGAUUCUUUUGCAUUAGAUGGGUUUUAGCUGUGAGAAACUUACUCUUCCCAGAGGUAAUCUCUUCCCUCUCUGUUCUGUUACCCCAUAUAAACUCUGUCCUCAAUUCCCAUCUUUAGGUAUUCUUAACAUCCACUGUGAAAUGCCUCAAGCUGCAACUCCUGCUCUGAUUAAAGAUUUUAAUUUUGUUAUAUUAAUUGUUUUAUUAAUUUUCAGGUUGACUGUGCCCUUCACCUGAGCAUUUUCUUCUUUAUUGGAAAGGGGUUUUUUUUUGGGGGGGGCAUCCUUCAUUAAAACCAUGGCUAUAGCCACUGUACCCUCUCAGUUAUGUUAGACACAGUAUUGUAGAUAACUCCUUUUGAGAAGUUCCUGUGGUAGUUUUAUAAAUAAAUACAUAGGGGAAUCAAGUAAUUUCAUUUUUAUUUCCACUUCCAAUCUUUUUCUUACUCUCCUUGGAACAAAAAUCCACUAAAGACUAUAUAUUCAUGAAUGUAAAGGGCAUUUCCCAUCUCUCUUCCCCCCAUCCACCUAUCCUGCCAAUUUUUUGUCUUAAGUGCAUUAGUCACAGCUCAUAUUUUUCUUAGUCAUUCAUUAUAGGCAAUGUUGGCAGUGUUUUAUAGCUGGUAAGACCUUCUAUUACCCUUUUAAGAAAACCUAGCACUUAACAGCAAUCUUUAAUUAUAUUAAACUUUAAAACUAUCCUGAAACUAAUUGAAAGCAAAUGAAAUGUAACAGAGAGAAACUAAUUGCAUAAGAAAAGUAGGAGGGGUUCCCCUUUCUUCACUCAUGAAGGAGGAAUAUUCUUUGAAAUUGGCUCAUGCUCUUCCUGAAUAUCUCCUAGCUGUGACCACUAUUAUAAACUGUUCUAUAAAAAAAAAAAAAAAGAAAGAAAGAAAUCAUCUCCUCAAAGCCCACUAGUUUUUUAAGAAGGGUGAAAAAGAAAGACGCAGAGGCCUAGGUCUUGUAUUAAAAUUACUGGUUGGCAAAUGGGGGGUCAUUGAGAGUUCACAUUUUGUGGGACAGGAGCCAAAGAACAGUUUUUUGCCAUGCAAUUUAAUGCUUUGUUAAAGCCAACAUAGAAAC